UGGAACUGACUAUUGAGCUGGAAAGUUGUAAACAGAUAUAAAUUUAGUACCUCUUAUGUCUGAUGAGUAUAAGACCUUUAGGGGCUCUUUAGUUUUGGAUUUGAGGAAUUUGAUGACGUCACGUGCACACAUUCUAUUCAAAUUUUUGUUGCUACACAGCGAAACCUGAAGAAAUGGCGGCGCGCUUUCCAGACGAUGUAUCGGAAAGCGAAAGAACGAAGUUUCGCAAUGAAGAGGACUUCAGUGUGGGAUCAACAUCAGGGCCUAGGCAAAGUGGAUCAAAAGUUGAGGUUAUCAUGGCAGGAGAUGAUCGGGCGUGGAAUACAACUAUAAAUAGAUUGUUAGCACUUACCUUAGCCAGGGAUGCAAGACUCAGAUUUAGAGGAUUUGUGCCCAAAGAUACCUAUAGACGGUCUGAACUUGAAUCAAGUAUUGAACUUCUCGAAGAUGAGAAUACCAAGGGAAAUUUGCCAAGUGAGCUGUUGAAUUUUCCUCCUGACAAUGCUGAAAUGGACUAUCUGAUAAUGCACUCUUUUACACCUGAACUACGAGAACAAGCUGAGAAAAUUUGCAAGGCCAAAAACUGCAAAUGGAUUCAUGUUGCGCAUACCAUCUGGGCAGAAGUUGUGAAAUUCUUUGAUGCGAUGGGCAUAUCUAUUGCACGUACAGCUGAAGAGGAACAUCAGAGGCAGAUAGAAUUGUGUGAGAAGGCGGAUAUUGUUGUUACGAUUGGCCCCAAAGUAGCUGAAGCCUACAGGUUUGCGCUGCACUACUCUGGAAAAGAUACCAGUGUCAUCUGUCUAACGCCAGCAAUUUUUCCAGAAUUACACCAAAAUGGGAAAAGUGUCCAUAAAAUCCAUGAAAAUCGUGACAAAUUUUGUGUAUUAAUUGAUGCGGCAAAUUCUGCCGGGUAUUUCAAUGCCAAAGGUUGUGACAUUGCUGUUGAAGCAAUCUUAUCAUUGCAGGACAAGUCUUAUCACCUCCUUUUUGUUUCAAGACCUGGCAGUGAUUCUACAGACCUGCAAACCAUACUCCAGGCCAGAAGCCUGGAUUGGAAUCAGUUCACUAUAAAGUCAUGUGUGGGCACCACUGCACAUUGGGCCAAGUGUAUUGUUGAUGCUGAUGUUGUCAUCAUGCCUUCCAGGUUUGAGGGUUUUGGAUUGAGCGGUCUUUAUGCCAUUUCUGCCAAUAUACCUGUUCUUGUUAGCUGAAAUUCUGGACUUGCUAUGGC